AUGACCUCAGCUUCGACUAAAGUGGGAGAAAUCUUCUCUGCUGCUGGAGCAGCCUUCACCAAACUGGGAGAGCUGACCAUGCAGCUUCACCCUGUGGCUGAUGCCAGUCCUGCAGGCACUCAGACCAAGAGCACAGUUAAGAGGAAGAUGUUUGGAGACUGCUCUGUGAUGUCUUCUGAUGGGCCUAAAAAAACAAGCAAGAAGACUAGUGCAGCUAUGGCCAGACAGGCCACUGUAGUCUCUGUGCCUGCUGGUCAGGUCGUCAACACUGCCCCAAGAAUCCAGACUCUGACUUCAGCCCAACUUCCUCUGAAAAAACAAAAGACAGGAGAUGUGACUCUCAGCGCUCUGAAUGACUCGGACGUCAACAGUGACCUGGUGGACAUCGAGGGGCUCGGAGACGGAUCGACCCCAAAGAAACUCAACACAUUUGAUCAAGAUAAUUUAAACCUGGACUCCAGUCUCAUCAUGAAUCCCAGUGACAUUUCAUUGCUCUCACGCUGA